UGGGUACUGCGUGGUUGAGACUUAGCUAGCUUGCUACAUUACAUUUUUCAUAUAUAUUGGCGAAACUUUUGACAUUGACAGCUCGAAGAAUGCAAUCGGAAUCGGGGAUAGUACCAGACUUUGAAGUCGGCGAGGAAUUCCACGAAGAACCAAAAACGUAUUACGAGCUGAAAAGCCAGCCGUUGAAAAACAGUAAUCCACCGGACCAGCAUGGCUCCCCCAAGACGGCGUCGAGCGCGUCGGCGAUGACAUCACGCAUCUUGCUCCGGCAGCAGCUGAUGAGGGAGCAGCUGGAGGAGCAGGAGCGGCGUGAGCAGCAGAGACAGCAAGCCUCGCAGUUCCUGCAGCAGCAGCGCACCCCCGGCGCCCAGACCCCCGCCAUCAACGUCAGCGCGCCUCCCAGCCUGACUCCCACCACACAAGUACCCAUGGAAGUGCUCAAGGUGCAGACCCACCUUGAAAACCCCACCAAGUACCACAUCCAGCAGGCCCAGCGGCAGCAGGUGAAGCAGUACCUGUCUACCACGCUGGGCAGCAAGCUCACCACCCAGGCGGUCAGCUUGCCCUGCCCCAACCAGGCCUCCGAGCACGUGAUGCCCCCGGGGCCUGGUAGCAGCGCUCCCAAUAGCCCCAUGGCCUUACUGACUCUCAACUCCAACUGUGAGAAAGAGAUGGAUGAUGUCAUCGAUGAUAUUAUUAGUUUGGAAUCAAGUUACAAUGAUGAUAUCCUGGGACUUAUGGAUCCAGGGCUUCAAAUGACAAAUACGCUUCCUGUAUCUGCCAACCUUCUUGACAUGUACAGUAACCAGGGACUUCCCCCACCUGGUCUAACUAUCAGUAACUCCUGCCCUGCCAACCUGACCAACAUCAAAAGGGAAUUCUCAGUUACCCCAGCUCCUGCCAUGAUGCACGUACUGGACAAGCCCGGAUCCUGUGGCAAGUUUGAAAACUAUCAAAGGCCUGAAGGGUUUCCAGUAGAGGCUGAAGUCAGAGCUCUUGCCAAGGAGAGACAGAAGAAGGACAACCACAAUUUAAUUGAGAGGCGACGGAGGUUCAACAUCAACGAUCGAAUCAAAGAACUGGGAACCUUGAUUCCAAAAUCGAACGAUCCGGACAUGAGAUGGAACAAGGGAACCAUUCUGAAGGCCUCAGUGGACUACAUCAGGAAGCUGCAGAGGGAGCAGCAGCGGGCCAAGGAGCUGGAGAACAGGCAGAAGAGGCUGGAGCAUGCUAACAGACACCUAAUGCUGCGGAUACAGGAGCUGGAGAUGCAGGCUCGUGCUCACGGACUGGCAGUGGUGGCCUCCUCAGCACUCUGCUCCUCAGAACUGACAGCUCGGGCCAUCAAGCAGGAGCCGGUCCUGGGAGACUGCAACCAGGACAUGUAUCCGCACCACUCAGCCGCGGAUAUGAGCCGACCCACCACAUUAGACCUGUCCGACGGAACCAUCAGCUUCAGCGACGGGAACUCCAACGUGAACGAGUCAGGGGCCUACUCCACACCCUCCAAGGUGGCCUCCAAGCUGGAGGACAUACUGAUGGACAACACCCUGUCGCCAGUGCGCGCAAGCGACCCCCUGCUGACCUCCGUCUCGCCCGGCACCUCUGACAACAGCAGCCGGCGGAGCAGCAUAAGCAUGGAGGAGAACGAGCGUGGCUGUUAGCCCUGCCCAUGAGCUGAAACUCUACUUAUAUUUUACACCAUAACACCUCUGCUGCAGCGCCCCCUGCUGGUGGCAGGUAAAGCCACUCCCAUGAAAAUAUUGUCAGCAAUUAUCGCAACAGUCUUCCACACUCCAAGUUAAAGGAUACAGGCAAAAAUAUGUUCGUUGUACACAUUUAUUUUGUAUUUUAUUGUUUUAUUUUUUUAUCUUACCCCACAAAUUUGUUUUUAUUUUUGGGAGGGGGUUGGCUUUGGUUUCCUGAUAAAACUCAGUCAUGGGCAGUGUCUUUAAAGGAAUCAUUUGAAGAAAAUCUGACAUUGUUGUAUU